GGGCCCAAGAGGAAGUGAGCAAUACUUUUUUUUGAGUUGUUGUUCUGUGUAAUGGCGUGGCCAGGGUGACUGCCCGUGCGUGAAAUGAGAUAUUCUGUUUACGGAAGUCCUUCCUUUACAGUCAGGUUCUUUUAGCAACUUUUUUCUUUGCCUUAUUUUAGUGGUGACCAGUUUGGUAUCUGGUACGUGUUUGUACGCAGUUCGAGAAAAUUCUGAAGGGAAAAUGAGGCAUGAAAUGUGAGAGAAAUAAAAGAAUAAACAGUACAAGUCAGAAUGAAGAUUCGAAACGAAGGCGGAGUGCUAGGAAAAUGUCAGCAUCGGGCUGAAUCAGCAUUAGAUCGCCAACCUCAGCUUGGAAAUAAUCGUGAGCGAUUGUCCAACGAACUUCUACACGUCCGUGAUUGUCCAUUGCCAGCAGAUGUUCUUUUGUCCUAAAGGGAGCUUUAAAAAAUAUAUAGCUGUACAUGACAAUGACCUGUGCACUUCGCAGCUGUCGGCAAGGUGGCAAAGUUCAGCUUGCACUGCAAGGAAAAAAAAAUGUCAGGCCUUGACUAAACUAUUGAUGAUUUGUUCUCGCGUGGUAACAGAAUUUUAUAAAACUUCUUGUAUUUUAAAAACUUUGAAUAGUUUGCGGUGAUGUUGGACGUGUUGACAGUGUUACACUAUUGAUACAGUAAGGAAAAGUCGCCAUCUUCCUUUUGUGCGGGACAGGCUUGCAACUGACACUGUCGUCUCUGCGUUCAGUGGAAUUUAGCCAGAAAAGUGUUUUGAGCUGGAGUUGACUACUGGGAGAGAACGGAGUAAACUUGAUGCUGAAGGUUGAAGACAAACUGGGGACGUCUCCACAAGCACGCCGGGGCUGGGAGGAGGACAGCAGUUAAAGCGUCUACUGUGCGCUGACCUAGAAGACCGCCAAAGCAGGUGCAUAUUGCAGCCCUUGGGCCGUCUGACCUCACGAGCGCUCUUGGGGCAAUACCCGCUGACACUGCCCCUACGUCGGUGGCCACCACUGACAUACCGCAACAGCCACCACAGAGAGAGAGCUUCAGAUAGCGUGUCGGCUUGCAGGGCCGCCAAUGCUGAAGGGACGCACACCCUUGGGUCCGAGAGAGAAUUAAGCGCCGUGGGCUUCUCAUCCUGUGACAAAUGGCAUUAAGCCAACCCCUUUCAAGCGAGGGUUUGUACAAACGAACAAAAGGGCUUGGUACCUUGUUUCACCCUGUCAGCUGUGCCAUGGCUUCGCCGAAACGGAUCGCAUUCACGGCUGGUUUUGGUACAUGAAGGAACGAGUGGAUGCUGCGAGUGCGGGUGAUCUGUAACAGUUCCACGUGGAGUAUAGAACACUGUGAUAACCUACACGCGGAGUCUGGAGACCCUGCGGGGAGUAGCUGUGCAGCGUGAGUGUAUUCUUACUGUGUCGUUACCGUAGAUAGAUCUUGUAUUGUUUCAUGUAAAAGCUGUGUAAUCAAGAUGUGAACAAAGUGAAUAAGGUGUUAUCUAGUCAUUUUUAUUCACAUAGCUUUCACGUGGAUGCUGUAGCGAGCUGUGGGUGUGCGAAACACAACGGGUUGAGUUUUCAUUAGGAAUUUUCCUGAAAUACUUUUGCUCGCGCGGCCAAGCUUUGUAUUAUAAAAUUGUAGCUAGGUUUCUUGCUCCUUGCGUAAUAAAUCUGCCGGACGCUACCAACCUUAAAAAAAAAAAAAUCUUGAAAUUCCUCGAGUAGAGUGUCGAGAUCCCGUUUCUGGGUCUCAGCCAAAAAGAACCUUCUCUUGUGCCACUAGUCCACACCUUUCGUUAAAGUGUGAACAGAAAACCUAGAAGACAAUAUCCAGGUGUUGCCUUUCAAUGGGCGGACAAUAAGGACAAAGCUUGGUUGACAAGGGAUGCAUAAUACUCAGCUGAUAUAAUCGGAGCCCCUGUCUGGCUGGCGUGCCUCAGAUUCUCGAUCAAGUUGCAGCCUGGACCAGACGUGUGGCGACCGCCGGAGAGUGCGAGGCUGCCAAGAGCUGCUGACGCACGGACGCUUCAUCCAGACGUUGUGGUAUCAACACCUGGAGUUACCUGUAGAUACCCGCAGCGGUCAGCAUUCUUCUGUCUGCUUGCUUCUAUAGACAACAAAGUGCUUGCUUGAGGUGAAGACAUACAAACUUCUUCUAUGAAAAUAAGAGGGGGUUGUACCACUCUUACUGAACCGUACCAGCGAAAUGAGAUCGGGUGUGUGGAGCUUGUCAUCCACACACCUGUCAUGUGAUAUGCCUGUCAUAGUGGAAGAACACUUUCCGAGAGCACAUACCUAGCCGUCCUUAUUUCACCGUUUAGUCAGAUCGUGCGCGGAAGAAUUUAGAUCGCUGCAAGUGAAGUAUACUAGAUAAGAUCAGGUUAAAAAUUCGUUGAAGUCGAGAAGUGUUUUGCUCUGCUUGAGAAAGUAAACCAACUUCAAAAGAUGUCGGUGAAACUGUUAGUAAACAGAGGGAGUUGGUACUAAGGGAUCCAGCACUUGUGUGGUCUGUGCUGUCAAUGCACUGUUAUCUGCUCGCAAGGAUGGCUUUGUUUCCGAAACAUCACAUGUCACGGAGAUAAACAUUUUUGUCACAGGCUGAGCGCGGACUCGGUGACAUUACUGUCAGCUGAGACGCAUGCUGUAGAUACGAGACUUUCUGUGGAGGUGUGUGACUACUCAUAAGUUUAUAUAAGCAGAUGCUCAGCCAGAGAAGAGCAGAAUAAAGUUUUGCGAAGUCAUUUCUUGAAGGUUUUAGGCUUUUAUUUUGUCGAUGGCCACGUAUCAACGGCAGCCCGCUGGUAAAAGUGAAGUAAGAUGAUGUUUUACCAGUUGCGCGGCCUCUAAACAUAUAUUCUGUUGCAAACCGUCUUACCAAAGGAAAAAAAAAAACAACAAAACUUUCAAGUCUGGGAUGCGGAGUCGGUGGUGAUAGCACUAUCCUGCACAUGCGCAUCAACUAGAGGUCGUUCUAAGCGCGUCCCAACGGACCUCAAGCGUUCGGCUUCUCCGCUAAAUUCAGAGGUCAGAGUGCGUUGCAAAAUGCUGAUUAUUUCCCCCUGCCGAGGCCUCUGGUUUCGCGACAAGGAUUAUUACACGACUAUGGGUGUUGAAAUGGUUAACAGUUUUGCCACAUGAACCAGAUGGGUAUAACAGUGAGUGACUGGGACAUUCGAUAGCAGCAAAGUUUUAAUCGGUGCCCUUAACCCAUUUACACGCAGUGCCGCCAAAGAGCCAGAAUUAUUUGAACUUCUCAAAAGAAAUUACCUUCGCAGCGUUCACAGAUUACAUUUUGCGGCCUGUGUCUCAAUUCAGUUGCUUAAUCCUCGCGUUUCCUUCGACAGGCAAGUGUAUUUCACAGUAAUUGCCGACGGGCCAUCGUUGGAUCCGCACUGCUUUUGUGACUCGUGCUUCUAGUGGCGCCAAGGCCGUCCGUUGCAGACAAGGAGGGAAAUUCGCAUUCUUCAAGUGUUUCUGUUGUCACAAGAGCGGAAACCUUGGGAUCUGUUUACAUUUUAGUGUGUUCUGCUUCGUGUGAGACCAAUCAGCGCGGAAAUGGCGUCGUGUGAUCAAAGCGAGAUUCUGCGAGAGCUGACUGCUUCUUCAGAACGAGCAUUUGUACGGCGUCGAACCAUCGGAAGUCGCCUGGGCAGGAUCAGGCCGCUGAAGGAGAGGUUACGGGCCCUAGGAGCCGGGGCCAGCUGUGCCAAAGGUAAAAGGGCACCAGUUCAACGGUCGAGACCUUCAACGUUUGGCACCACAGCCCAGCCUGCUGCCAGACUUCCAGAAGAACAGGCAUUACUGCAGGAAACUCAAAGCCCAUUUGAUCUGCGGUACCAUCUGCCCUUCUCCCAGCCUCCAUUCCCUUUCAUCAACGCAGUCGCACCAACUAGCAUCUUGCCGACACAGCACACGGCACCCAGACACAUCGACAGUCGGCGCGCAGCAUGUCCAGGCGUCUCGCCUUGCCAAAUCAAUCGCACAAGUUUGUCCAAAGCUAGCAGUGGCCUUGAGAAGACUUUGCCUCACCCAUGUUCUUCGACGCCUUCACUGGUCAGCACAGUCCAGUCGUCACCUGAGCGUGGCCUUGACCCACUCCGUUCCACACCUUUACUGCCGCUCAGCGAUUCUUCCCACAACAGGUGUGCCAGCGAAGAUAGAGGGGCGUGUGCAGUUCGCAAUAUACGUCACUUCCGGUAUAGUCAAACAUCGGAAGCGAACUAUUGUUCUCACAGAACUUCGCAGGACUCGACUUGCCGUUUUGGUCAAGGGUUGCAGGUUACUACCUGUUCAUACCUGCGGUGCAGCAACCGCAGGGCGCCGUACGGUGAGUGUGAGUGUGUCCACAAACUUCGGUUCGAAUCUGUCUGCAGUCCCCUUUGUGCAAGGGGGACCAGACAAUGGAAUUCCGAAUCCAGAAUAUGCGACGACAAUUCGGAUAGUGGCAAUAACAGUCAUCAGUGUAGAAGGAACCCAUUGCCAGAGUCUCUUGUCCUGCGACAGAUCAGCGCCUCAGACUCCUCCUUACCAGGCAGCACUUCAGUAGCCUGAAUCGUGAUGGCCUGCACAGGCACGGCUCACAGCCGCAACUAACAGGCUACCGAAGUGGCCAACGAUAUCCAUGGGAGGCCAGUUCCACGUCUUCUGUCUGCCCCCGACACCAGUCCCCACUUGCUAGCGAUCCACCGCGUCCUGGACACUCGGCUCCCGUCAGUCGACGCGCCAGCCAAGAAGAACUUUUCACCGGAACACUGCCCCCAGCUUGCUCGACUGACGCUGCGGUUGUGAACACCAGGGCGCGAGGACUGUGGAGAGGUCGAUGCUGCUCCCUCAGGCAGGUGGUGUCGAGGAUGCUACGACUGCGCUACGUGGGCCGCUGUCUGCUCGUCCUGCUCCUGACAGCCGUCGGAGGUCUGCUGGCUCAUGCCACCUUCAGAGACCACAGGAUCGACAGUAAACCUAGCGGUGGCAUGGUCACGGGCGGGUUCGCAGGUGGGGUCAAGGUCGGAGAUGGAUACGAAAGUUUACUACCGGCACAUAUGUUAAUGAAAAUGCACUUGCGGUCUGUGCCACUGAGAGAGUUCCAGGAGAAAAUCAAUCAAGUCGACGAUGAGUAUGACAUUCUCCGGAUAUUUUUAGCAGACAAAGACCUUAGUAACGAAGCCAUCAGGCAGAUUCUGAUGUCACGCAAUGACGACGAGCCUGUAGAAAUAAAGAAGAAACGGACCGAGUCAACCGAUGAGUUUGAGGAUGACGACUACGAAGAUUCAGACCCAUCCAGCUACAUGGACGGAGAAUACGAUGGAUACCUGAAUGAUGAAAACCGCCGCAGCGAUCGCCUUCUCGAAGAACUGGCUGAAGCUCACCACCAUAUCGAGGAAGUAAAGAUGAGUCCGGUAUCAGAAUGCCGGGUCCCGCAGCCUCAAAUCGUCAACGUGGAAGACCCUAAGAAGCAGGGCAGGAUACUAUACCCGUCAUGCACCGUCAUCUACCGAUGUCGCAACGACAGUGGCUGCUGUGGCCCUCGCGAAGAGUGCGGUCCGAAGACUGAGCGAGUAGUUUUCAAGACGUUUAUGGUACUUCAAGAACGUGCGGCCAAAGCCUCUUUGACAAGCAUUGAGAAAGUGGCCUUCAUCAACCACACUGAGUGUCAGUGCCGCAACAAGCCCCGCCUUCCCGAUUGUAACCAGAAGUGCCCGGGUGUGUUCCGAAUGUACCGACGAGGCUGGCGAUGUAUGUGCGACUGCCUGACGGCGCCCAACGAAAUCUUCGAACAGUGCGAAAACGUCAAGAACGGCAUCAAACCACUGGGGGAGAAAGACCUGGUCUGCAUCAAGAGCGGGGAGUGCAUUAAGCCGGCAUGCUCCGUUGGCGAGUUCGACGUCUCCGGGGGCCUCUGCCCUCUCAAGAACGAAUAUGACCUCAGCCUCCGUCUGAGUAACCGCCCUCGUCACAAGCGAAAAUCGCAAACAGAAGGCUCCGGGGACGACUAAACCGACUCUGUGAUCUUAAGACGCUCUGUUUUGUAACACACCAACGACACGUGUCUUGCGUGAUGUGUGAUAUGCUGCGUGCCAUGUGUCACGCGUGUGUCACUCGUGUGUGUCUGUGGUCAGAGACUGGAAACUGGAGACAAUGCUCCGUGCGUGAAGUGACAUAUCAGAACAUGGUGAAGGUGGUGGUGCAGUAAGAACGUGAUUAACCUGAAAUUUGUAAGACUUGGCGUCAGCUAUACUGAUCACACGCACCCUGGACAUAGAUGUCGCCACACAGAUGACAGAUGACAGCGUGAAGCCUCGGUAUUCUGUCAAGCCUGACAGAAUAUUUUUUCAUGAUGCACAUCGAGCAGGGACAGAGCCGACAAACAUAACUUGCCAGUGUAGCUCUGAACACCUUUUCUCGCAGAGGGCAUCAGCUGAGUUAACUAUUAGGAGCAAACACGGUACACCUGUCUGCAGUUCAAACUCUUGCUGCCUAAAGGAGGAUCCACGUUCGGGUCAUGGCUAGCAACAUAGAUCGAGUUCAUUGAGUGAACUUCCCACAAAACUAAUUUGUGUACGUUAAUAACAGACCACUUUCCUCAGCGCUGUAAAAAUAGUGAAUGUGUUACUAAUGAAAUGAGAUGAACCUGAAAGAGGGCAGUUUUGUUACCGGGAGGAAAACCCACGUCAGAUGGAUUUCUUCAAUUUGGCAGGAGAAGCGUGAAUGCCACGACCCAGACUUUGUAGCAUCUCUUUUUCUGUAUCGAUAUGGCGGAGCAUCCAACUGGGAGUAUGUACCUCAUGAGAGUAUAGCGGCGAUAAUCUUGCCCUGUGUUUUGUUUUGGAAGAAAAGGAGUCGGCCCUCUGGACACUCACGCAGCCCGCCAGACGGCUGAACAGUAAGAUGGGCGAGAAAAACACUUCCUAAUUGUUCUGAUAUUGUUGGUGCUGCAUUAAAAAGCCCCCUCUCACCGCCCCAGCCAGCUCACACGAGAACUGCCUGAGUACCUGGCUUUGAAUGGUGUUACCUGGUUCAGAAUCCACUCGAGAUAUAAAAAAAACUGUUCAAACUCGCCAGUUUUAGCAUGCAGGAAGUGCGUGGAGACAUCUUUUCAAUGUUGUCUGCUGUCUUUAAUGCUGUCAGGUGCACUUCAUUUAUUCGCUGUUUGUCAAACAAUAUUUCUGACCUGGGCAUACUCUGCCCUAAUGUCUAUUUUCAGUCCUCAUUGCAUUUAAGUGCACAAGUACUUGUCAACAAUAUCCGUCAACGUCAGCAUUAACAGUUGUAUGUUUUGGACAAGUACUGCACACGCUUUGUAAAUCUUUAGGAUAUGAUAUUCUUUUCGUCCCUUUUCAUCUGCUCAGUCAAAGGCCAUGAACUGGAUAGAGUGUGAGAAAGGGAGACGUGUGUUGUUCUUUACUUUGUUGAUGUUGCCGUCAUUGUGGUGUCUGUGAAAUUUUCUCGUACUUAUAGGUGUACAUUUUCGUCGAUGAUUAUCUUCACUGUCUUUGUCAUUUUAAUCAGCGUAGUCAUCACUCUUUUUGUUGCAGCAAUUACAUUUCCUUUCUUUUAAAAAAAGUCAGAUUGUAACUGCAAACGUGUUCAUUAACUUAUUUCACAUUUCAGCUGAUGCACAUUUCUGACCAGUGGCUGUUGUAAUCUAGGGACUGAAGUUAUCGAAGUAAUGUUGACGUAUUCUUAUCCUCUCAUCAUAGUAGCUACUCGACAAGGGCCUUAACUGCUAUUGUACUGUUUGUCUUUAAUUAACUGUCUGCUUUCUUGUAGGUUAGCCUGUGUGUGUUUCUGUGCGACCGUGCAGUUCAGUGGGAACAUGCGGAUGGACGUUGGUUUGUAAAUGUGGACAGACAUAAUGUUUGUUGGAAUCUGCGUCCUCGCUUUGCCAAAGAUAUUGUUCUACAGACACUGGGGCUUAUAUCAAAAUAUUUUGCUAAAGAACAUUACCCACUAGGUCAUUUUCUUGUAAAACACGUCUGAAAGGCUUUUAAUUUAAUAAAACUCGUAGCUUACAUUGACCAUCAACCACACCCACCCCAAAGAGUGCCCAAGUAUGAUUGUUACAUUUUGUAGAGUGCUGUCCCUGUGUCAAAGGCCACGCUUUGCCAGUAGUGCUUAAGGUCCAUGGUUAAGGGUUUGUGGGAGGUUGCUGAUAGGUAGUCACAGCACGAGUAGUCGAGGAAUAAGGCACCGUGUGGCAGCUGUUAAACGGGUACCUUUACAUCUAGAGGGUUAGGGAUGGAAAUGCAGCAAGUUAGAGUAGGUGGGCACCGCCACCACGGAAAGAGAAAAACGAAGAUAAGGAAUUAUUAAAUAUAGGAAGCAUCAAAACAGCAAAAAAAAAAACCAUCAAAAAAGUGUUUCACAAGGAGCAGUUCUAUCUCCUACUCCUUUUAUUAUCGUUAUGAACGACCACAUGUAUAAUCUUUAGCCUAAACACAGCCAGUCAAACUUAAUCUCAGCUAUGCCUGUGUAUCAACAGCAGUUAUUAUGUCUGCUUAGCUUCAUACAAUAAAAUAACACUUAUGCCUUAACACGUAUUUGUAAAAUAAACUUUAAGUAUAUAAAGAUACACUAAGGUGGUUACAUGACCGCGAAACAGAUGUCUUUGAAUAUCCAUACCAGUAUAAAGGGAUUUUUGAUUCUAAAUGAUCAGUUUUUCGUAAUAUGAAAACUCAUGAAUAUUUAAGAAUCAGUCAAUAAAAACAGUAUAGGUGUAGGUGUAAAUAAUAUAAGAGCUUAUAGGAAAUAUCACUUAAUGAUAAAGUUCUAAUCAAGGUGUGUGUAAAUCUUAAUAACAGUUACUAUACAUGUUAGAAUAGUAAUCUCUUUUUGAUAUGCAAGCACAAAUACAUUGAAUGUCCUGUGUACGUUUGAAGACUUGUUCAGAGUUAAAGCUUCAGUUUAUUAUAAUGAACAGCGUUUAAAAUUAACAAAAAAACUGCUAAAAAUCGUCUAAAAACACUCUAAAAGUCGUGAUGAAUGGAUAUAGUCUUUUGAUGUAUGUCUAGAGGUUGCAGCCUCUCGGGGAGAUCUUUGCCACACUUAGGAUGUUGUGUGUAUAUUUGUAACUUCUGCCACAGACAACCAGGCGGAGCUUUGUAUCCAUUCAUCUACCGAGUGCAAUGGUGGCAAAAACCUUCAUUUCUCUUGUUUGUACAUAAUGCCUUUAUGUUUAACCGUUCAAUAUUGCAUUUAGUUUGUUUUUCUUCUUGGGGCUCGUUGGAGUUCUGUGUGGAUCUUAACUAAUUUAUUUGUGGAGUGUCAGCUGGCAUGUCACAUGGGGAGCUAUUUAUAGUGUGUUGGGUACAUGAGAAACGACUGGAGAGGCUGUGCGCAUUGAAUCUCAAGUUGUAGCCAAUUCUCACACCAGGGAACAUGUUACGUAUUACUUCUGUAUUAUUUUGUGGACUGUAUUGCUUUUAUACAUCCAAGCACGACAAGCCUUCAUAAGACAUUCUGUAGAUAUAGUUUUAUUACUUAUAUUGUAUCGGUAUCAUUUCUGACGCCUCCUUCUCGUCUUUAUAUUAUUAUAUAUAUACACUUUUUCUUUCUGGUUUCUUUAUCACGAAACGUAAGCAUCGCCCUCGGAUAACUACUAUACAUGCUGGCCCAGAUAAUACAAUAUUUUCAAAGUAAUGGAAUGGUUAAUGUUGUAACACCUAAUCGUAAUGAAUACAUACUGGUCUCCCAUCCCACUGCUUAGAUGUUUACAAGGAACAGAUGUGACUUGGCCGGUACCAGAAUAGCAAAAACAAAUGGCUAACUAAACUGUAAUCUUGGUACAAUCAUUGCAAAUCGUAUUGUAAAAUUCAAACACCACAAACUGUAUUGUAAACCCAGUCACCGAUUUGUUACAUUGGUUUCAACAAAUCUCAAUCCUGGAACUGCACGGAGGGGAGUACGAGAGAAAUUAUAGCCUCAUCAGUCUGUAUUGUCCGAAGCUGGCUUUUUCUGUUAAAAAGAUUAUUGUUGAACCUUUUAAAUUUAAGAUAAUAAACAAAUAGAUCACUUCUCAGAAAGAUCCAGAAGCAUGAGGUUCUGCCACACUGUGCCUUGCCAGAAGUUAGUAACUUGGGAUGAGGCUGCGAGUAAACAUCUUGAGCGAAA